AUGUGGACGAGACGCCACACAGGAGGUCGUGGGUGGCACGGAACCGCAGCGCGAGCAGAAGAAUCCGUUCAGUCAAACGGAGCGUCGAAAUCCAUUCCAGCACAAUCCAUUCCAAAAGGGGACAUGACGAGAAACGCCGUGCCCCGUACGCUAUUCGUGACAUGUGGAAAGACGGCGGCGAUGACGGUUAUGGUGGAAAAAUGCGAAAGGAGGACGAGGCGAUGGAUGGACAGGAGUGCGGUUGGAAACCGGGUCGUGGAAAUGGGCGAAAUCCGUUUUCGACCCCAGCCAACAACAGCCCCAAUCAGUACAAGGGACGUGAACCAAGAGAUUCAGAGCAGCGUGAGAAGUUCCGUAAACCAGCACCUCAGUGUCCACAGUGGGAAGAUCGCCACCAUCGCGUCAACAACAAUUGUCCACUAUGGCAUCCCUAUAAGAUGUGCCUGU